UCUCUCUGCUCAAAAAACCCACAAAAGGACUAUCUUUUUAUUCAAGGGUUCUUCAAGAUUCGAUAAAAAGGGAGGUCAACAAGCAGCAAAUUAAGUUUGAUGGCUAAUGAGGAAGUGUAUGUAGAUCAACAAGUGCCAUCUGGUGUUCUUACAGGAAUAAGAUUCAAAGUUCUAUCGGAGGAAGAUGCGGAGAAGGCAUCUGUGAAGGAAAUCGUAGUAGCAAAUGAAGUAACAGACCCCGCGUUGGGAUUUCCGAAUCCUGCAUCACAGUGCCAUACAUGUGGUGCCAAAGAUUACAGAACAUGUGAAGGUCAUCUAGGCUUAAUAAAAUUUCCAUUCACAAUACUUCAUCCAUACUUCUUACCUGAAGUGGCACAAAUUCUGAAUAAAAUCUGUCCCGGAUGUAAAAAUCUUAAAAAAGAUAAGGGCAAGAAAACUGAAAUGGCAUCCCCAAUUCAAAUCCUGAAAACCUGCAAAUAUUGUGAUAAAAGCUACAAAGAUGUUUAUCCACCAAUGAAGUUUAAAGUUUCAACGAAAGAUGUAUUUGGAAAGACUGCAAUAAUUGCGGAAACAAGAAGUUCAGGGAGGUUGAAUUCAGAUAAAAGCUUACCUCCCGGUUAUUGGGAUUUUGUUCCCAAUGAUCCUCAACAAGAAGAAGCAUUUUCAACAUUUAACCGAAGAGUUCUUACACAUGCUCAGGUGUACGAAAUAUUGAAAGAUGUUGAUCCAAGCUUUCUUAAAGGAUCUUUAGGGAAAAAGAACAAGAUUUUUCUCCAAAGUUUCCCUUUAACGCCCAAUUGUCAUCGUGUAGCUGAGUUUGGACAAAAUUUGACCUUUGAUGAACGCACACGGGCGUACAGAAAAAUGAUUGGUUUUCGUGGUACCGCAAAUGAAUUGAGUUCAUGUGUAAUUGAUUGCAUAAAACUUUCAAAGAUACGAGCAGAGAAGCCUUCAAUUCAUAAUUCUAAUGCAGACAACGAUAAUCCGUCCAAGAUGCAUGGACUGAAAUACAUGAAAGAAGUUAGUCUUGGAAAAAGAACCGAUUUUUGUUUCAGAAUGGUAUGUGUUGGUGAUCCAUACAUAAAGCUAGAUGAAAUUGGCGUGCCCCAUGAUAUAGCGGAGACCAUGCUUGUUUCUGAGCAACUGAAUUCUUUAAAUUGGGAAAAAAUAAAUGCAUCUUGUGGUUUAAGGAUCCUUCAACGGGGAGAAACUUUUAUUCGGCGAAGGGGCGGUUUAGUUCCCGUUAGAUAUGGAGAUAAUUUGCGGAUAGGAGAUACUGUAUAUCGACCUCUUAAUGAUGGGGAUAUUGUUUUGAUAAACAGACCUCCAUCUAUUCAUUCCCACUCACUCAUUGCACUACGGGUCAAAGUUCUUCCGGUCAACUGCGUUCUUUCGAUCAACCCUCUUAUUUGUUCGCCUUUACGAGGUGAUUUUGAUGGGGAUAGUCUUCAUGGUUACAUUCCUCAAUCAUUAGAAUGUCGGGUUGAGCUGCGAGAGCUUGUUACAUUAGAAAACCAGUUGGUCGAUAAGCAGAGUGGCGAGAAUCUGUUAUCAUUAAGUCAUGAUAGUCUCACUGCUGCCCAUUUGAUGUUAGAAGACGGGGUUUUUUUCAAUCGUCCUCAAUUGCAACAGCUCCAAAUGUUUUGUCGUCAUCAGCAGUUGGAACUGCCGGCUAUCAUGAAAAAGUCGAAGGAUUCACCGUUGGAACUCCCAGCUGACAUGUCAAAUUCUUGUUUUUGGACUGGGAGGCAGUUGUUUAGCCUCUUAAUGGCUAAAGAUUUUGAUCUUAGUGUGGCGGGGGCUCAGAUAAAGCGAGGAGAAUUUGUCGGUUUGUUAAAUCCGUCUUCGUGCCUGCAAGCGGCUGAUGAGAACUUAUAUAAUUAUCUCAUCAAAAACUUUCGAGGUGAAGAGGUUCUUGAAUUCCUUCAUUCAGCUCAAGAAUUGCUUAUUGAAUGGCUGUCAAUGAGGGGAUUUAGUGUCUCGUUGUUGGAUCUUUACCUAUCUUCCGAUGCUCAAAAUAAUAUGAAUGAUGAAGUAUUUUACGGGUUACGUGAAGCAGAACGGCAAGCUCACGGGCAGCUGUUAAUGGUGGAUGAUCAUCAAGAUUUUCUUAGCGGAAAGUUGACGGAAAACGAAGGUUACAGUGAACUGGAAUCUGAGAAACUGUGUCACGAUCAGCAAACCUCCGCGGCACUAAGUCGAGCAUCAGCUGCCGCUUUCAAGGAAGUGUUCCGUGAUCUUCAAAAUCUUAUUUACAACUAUGCCACAAAAGAUAAUUCGUUUCUUUCGAUGUUGAAGGCAGGGAGUAAGGGAAACAUGCUGAAGUUUGUUCAGCACAGUAUGUGCUUGGGUUAUCAGCAUUCAUUAGUCCCGCUCUCCUUCCACUUCCCUCGUCAAUUUUCUUGCGUUUCAUGGAACAAUCAUAAGAGGGCAGAAUUGUCAUUUCCUUUGGGUGUAGAUAGAUAUGUUCCUUAUGGGGUCAUAAAGAGCUCCUUUUUGGCUGGUCUUAAUCCCCUCGAGUUCUUUGUUCAUUCUGUGACGAAUAGGGAUGCUUCAUUCGGUGGACAUGCCGAUAUCUCUGGGACUUUGUUUCGAAAACUCAUGUUUUUCAUGCGAGAUAUGUACGUCGGAUAUGAUGGGACCGUGAGAAAUUGUUACGGAAAUCAGCUUGUUCAGUUUUCGUACAAUUCCAAGAAUGCCCCAGGUCAAAGUAAGUCGCUUUUGAAUAACGCGGAGUGUGGGGAGCCAGUUGGUUCGUUGGCUGCAUGUGCCAUCUCCGAAGCUGCAUACGGUGCUUUGGAUCAGCCAAUCAGUGCACUUGAGAACUCGCCUCUGCUAAACUUGAAGAAAGUGCUUGAAUGUGGUGUUAGAAAACUCAGUGGUAACAAAACCGCAUCACUUUUCUUGUCACAAAAACUUAAAAGAUGGACAAAUGGAUUCGAAUACGGAGCAAUAGAUGUCAAGAAUCAUUUGGAGAAGCUAUUGUUUCAGGAUGUUGUUUCUCUCAUCACGGUAUUCUAUUCCCCACAAACCGGCAAACGGUCUCGUUUCAGUCCCUGGAUUUGCUAUUUCCGUAUAAGCAAGGAAGCUGCUAGCAGGAAGCAACUAAAAGUGCAGUCCAUUAUCAAUGCUUUGAAGUGCAAAUGCUCAGACUCGACCAGUUUAAAGAAACUAAAACUGAAUUUACCGAAAUUAGAGAUAGCUUCCAAGAAUUGCCCUGAAGAUGAUGCAAAGAAUGAGCACGUUUUUAUCACUGCUCAAAUAGUUGACGGUUCAAACGCCUCACUGAAUCUCCUCCAAGAUGUGGUGGUGCCAUUCCUUCUAGAAACUGUUAUAAAAGGAUCUUCGAAUGUCAAGAAAGUGGAUAUCCUGUGGCAAGAUUGUCCAAAAACGUCAAAAUCUGGUAAAGAAUCUUCGGGUGAGCUUUACUUGCGUGUUUUCAUGUCUGAAAACUGCGAUCGAAGGAAUUUCUGGAGGUUUCUUAUGGAUGAUUGCAUCCAAAUAAUGGAUAUGAUUGAUUGGGAAAGAAGCCAUCCCGAUGACAUCCAGGAUGUGAUUAUAGCUCAAGGAAUAGAUGCAGCAAGAAACCAUUUUCUUUCUACAAUGAAAUCGGCAAUAUCGGAUACUGGGAAAAACAUACUUCCAGAACAUCUGGCGCUUGCUGCAGACUGUUUAUCAGCUACUGGUGAAUUUGUUCCAAUAAAUGCCAAAGGGCUAUCGUUGCAGAGAAAACAAGUGUCUAUUUCUGCGCCAUUUACUCAAGCGUGCUUUUCCAAUCCAUCUGAUUGCUUUGUGAAAGCUGCAAAAAGUGGGGCAUCCGAUAAACUUGAAGGGACUAUUGAUGCGUUAUCGUGGGGAAAAGUUCCAGCUCUUGGGACUGGAGGAAGAUUUGAAAUUUUAUUUUCCGGGGAGAAACACCAAAUUGAUAAACCAGAAGACGUGUACAGUCUCUUGAGCAAGAAUAUCGAUUCUCAAGAAGAGAAAGUCGAGGUGCCGAUUGAGGUUGACGAUAAGCACACGAAGAACAAUACUCCGGCUCCGUUGUUGUAUCCAUAUAAUAAUUUCGCCAUAGACGGCAGUGCCGAUAUAAUGAAAACAGUGUUGAAAAAACAUAUAUCUGCCGAAGAUAUCAAGCGAUUGUCAAAAGACUUGAAGCAUAUACUUUACAAGUAUGAUGUUAAUCACAAGUUAAGCCAAGAUGACAAGCUUGUUGCAUGGAAAGCGUUACUUUUUCACCCUCGAAGGGACGAGAAGAUUGGAAUCGGACUUUAUGAAAUAAAGGUCGGGUACCACUCGACACAUGGAAGUUCACGAUGCUUUGUUUUGGAACGAGUAGAUGGAACAACGGAAGAUUUUUCGUAUCACAAAUGCAUACACCACGCGUUGAAACUGAUCUCGCCUAACGAAGCCAAAUUAUACGAGUCAAGAUGGUUCGGAAGAGAAUAACGCUCGGCUUGGAGCAGAUCGAUCCGUUUUGUGGGAGGAGAAAUGAUGUGAUUUUAAUGUGUUUCUUUUUUGUGAUUAUGAUUAUGGGAAGAUGGUGUUCUUCAGCUUCUUUUUGCUGCUUCCACUGAAAUUUGUUUGCCGGAAAAAAGAUUCCGGCGAGGAAGUCUUAGUGGAAGUAGCAACGAGAAGCUUGGAACGAUCAAUAAUCCUGUCUAGUUAUUAUGGUCCUUUUCGGUUUCGAUUUGUAACAUUUAGAUUCUUCGAUGACUAUGACCCACCGGUAAA